AUGUCUGCAGCACGAUUCGCUCCUCUCCUCAGAACCCGGGUAGCGGUACAAACUGCACCUGGCUUCCAGGCAAUUCGCUCCAUCUCAGCUACAGCCCCAUACAACAAGGGACCUGUCGACGCGACAAAGGAUACAUUGAAGAAAGCCGACCGGGUCGUUUCCAAUGUAGCAGUCAAGGGCAUCAAUACGGGUGAGAAAGCCGCCCACAAGAUUAAGGAUGCCGUUGGCGCCGGGGCCAAGCAAGCAAGGGAAAAGGGGGAAGAAGUGAAAGGCGAGGCAUCCCAGUAUGCAGGAAAGGCGAAGGGCGAGGCGUCCGAGUAUGCAGGCAAGGUGAAGGGCGAGGCGGCCGAGUAUGCAGGCAAAGGCAAGGGCAAGGCAGAAGAAGCACUGAACGAGGCUAAGGAAAAGACAAAGUAG